AUGAAAGCGUGCGGCGGGCUGUUACUAGUUACGGUCCCAUUCUCCAUCAAGAACUUUUAUGCGUGCACCCAGAAUCUGCAAUUGGUAAUCCACGGCCGCCGUCUUGACUGUUUCCCGCCAGCGCUUCACUUCAUCCCUUUCCGCCAGUCAACCAGCCGAAAUGAGCAACACGAUGGACCGCCCCGCCGGGGUACCUUUUUUUUGCGACCGCUUCCCAGCUUCCAGGCGCUCUCCCCUCGCCUGAAGCUAUCCAAGCAUCGGAACAAGUCCUCAAAGGGUUCGAUGGCCACCGCGUCAUCCGUUACAAUGAACACUACAUCGCUAAAUUCGGGACCCAAGCGGUCCCGGUACCUAAGGUCUACGCGCUCUGCUGAUGAUGAUUGUGCUUUGCUUGUCCACGUCAAGGUCACAGCACCAUCCUAUCUCUUAAGCUCGACUCUCUGCCAGUCCGUGGAGCUCGAUAGCACCAUAAGCACAUCAAUCAUUUCUCCUUAA